CAGAAUGCCAAAAACUCUCUCUGGCCCUGUGCUUAAUGGGUGAUAAAUCUCAUUUUACCUCCUCAUAUUUCGGUCCGAGUUUGCCUCACUGUUGAUAUAGGUACAGGUGGAGAAGAAAUGGAUCAGUUUUGCUUUUCAUCUUCUUCAAGCUCCCAGCUCCAUCUCUUUCAGCAUCCUCGUCAUACCAAGGAAGUGAAAUACCGUUUUCUUAUUUCCUCGAAAUCCUUCUAUCCGGCUCUUGCUUCGCACUCUCUCUUACCCCACUUAUGUUUGCACAAGCAGCCAGAAGACUCCUCAGCGUCUUCAGCAAAGGCUAGCACGAGAGAUAAAUUGUACAGCGAUGACAUUGUUGAAGAGAUUAAAAAUGCAAAAAAGUCCUCAGAAGUGUUACCUGUCGUACGCAGGCCAGUAAUGGAGACCUCACUUGAAGGAGAGGAUAAAGAUGCAUGUGAUGCCGAGAUUUCAGAUCAAAAGAGUGAUGCUCUCCCUGAGGAGCAGUCAUCUUCACUAUUUUCCAUUGAUGCUGGGCUCUCAACAUUAGCUGAGAAGAUUUCAAUUUUUGAGCCUGACAGGGUGGAAUCGGCUCCUGCAGAGACGCUUCUGAGAGUGAAUUUGGACUUGUCCUUGUACAAAGCAAAAGUAUUGGCACGGAAAUUCCAGUAUAGAGAAGCAGAAGAUAUACUUCAGAAGUGUAUGUAUUACUGGCCAGAAGAUGGGAGGGUAUAUGUGGCCUUAGGCAAGAUUUUAAGUAAGCAAUCAAAAGUGAGUGAAGCCAUAUCGGUGUAUGAGAAAGGUUGCCAAGCAACACAAGGAGAAAAUGCAUACAUUUGGCAGUGUUGGGCUGUUCUGGAAUGUAGAAUGGGUAAUAUAAGAAGAGCUAGAGAAUUAUUUGAUGCUGCCACAGUUGCUGACAAGAGGCAUACUGCAGCGUGGCAUGGAUGGGCAAUAUUAGAGAUCAAACAGGGAAAUAUCAACAAGGCACGGGAUCUUCUUGGAAAAAGCCUAAAAUAUUCUGGUGGGAAUGAGUACAUAUAUCAGACCUUAGCACUGCUUGAAGCUAAGGCAAAGAGAUAUGAACAAGCCCGCUAUUUAUUCGAGCAGGCAACAAAAUGUAACCCAAAGAGUUGUGCAAGCUGGCUUGCUUGGGCUCAGCUAGAGGCACAGUCAGAAAAUACAAAUGAAGCUAGGAAGCUUUUAGAGAAAGCAGUUCAAGCGAGUCCAAAAAACAGGUUUGCAUGGCAUGUCUGGGGAGCCUUCGAAGUCAAUUUGGGAAAUAUUGAUCAAGGAAGGAAACUUAUGCAGAUAGGCUACAUAUUAAAUCCUGGAGACCCUGUUCUCCUUCAAUCACUUGCUUUGUUAGAAUACAAAAACUCGAAUACGAGUCUUGCAAGAGUGUUGUUCAAAAGAGCUUCCGAAUUAGAUCCAAGGCACCAGCCAGUUUGGAAUGCUUGGGGCUGGAUGGAGUGGAAAGAAGGAAAUAUUUCAACUGCAAGGGAACUAUACCAAAAAGUGUUAUCAAUAAAUUCAACAAAUGAAAAUGCUGGUCGCUGCCUUCAGGUGAAGUAAUUGUUAUUUUGUGAAAUGGACACUCUCAUUGGAGUUACAAUAGUGGUAAUAUAUUGAUGGCCUUUCUGUGGUGCACUGAAGAAAGUAUUAUUGGUACUAGAUGGAUGAAAAUCGAUUGGCCUGGGGUGUUUUGGAGCAGAAGGUUGGUAACUUAUCCGCAGCUAGAAGAUUAUUUAGAUCGUCUCUGAACGUUAAUUCUCAAAGCUUUGUGACAUGGAAGACGUGGGCAAAUUUGGAGGAAGAGCAAGGGAAUUCUGUGCGCGCCGAGGAAAUUCGCAACCUUUAUUUUCAGCAGCGUAUUGAUGUUGUUGAUGAUGAAUCAUGGGUUAUGGGAUUUCUACACAUCAUUGAUCCAGCUAUUGACCGUUUAAAGAGAGUAUUGAACUUGGGUGAGAAUUCUUUCUACAAGACCGCGUAUGCUUCAAGAAGUGCAUCAGGAAGUGAUGAUAUUUCUAACUGCGAAGAAUCAGAUAGCAAUGGCAGAACGGUAGGUACUGCUGCCAGUGGCUUUAACUUAGACAACUUCAUUCGCAAAAAACUAUCAUUGGAACCCUCAGAACUUAAUAGUCAGUUUGGAUCUUAUCUCAGUCAAGAUCCAAAGAACAUCAGAUAUCCAAGACGGGUUUGGAGAAAAGGGGAGCAUACUUUGCAAAUGUCUUCAGAUCAAUGAUUUUUAAAUGAAUCUUUAUUCUGUAGUUAGUCUCCAUAUUCAUAUAUGACCGGUUCUUGAAAUUUCACAGGCAUAUUGGUUUUUAAAUUGUAUAGUUUGAAAACUAGUAGGCGGUGUAAUCAACACUAGGAGCAUAAGAUUCUUUUUCCUUACCUGGCGAUAGGCUCCUUUGUAAUAUACGGAGUACAUAGCUAACCUGGGACUUCAUGCCAGAACCAUCGGCUUCCCUUUCAAAAUACAUCAGAAGCACUUCUAGUUUCUAAUUGUGUCAGUUCUAGCCCCUUCUUGGUGUAGACGCUUAAGGUGCUUAAAUAUUUUGAUGUUUUGACUCUUGAGUGUUGUAUCUGUUUAGUGUAAAUUGUUAUUACUAGCAUAUUUAUUAUUGUAUCAGAGAUAUUCAUUGAUUAUAUUCUUGUAAGUUUGAAUAUAUUUUAUACUUCUUCUGUCCCACCGUCCCAUAAAACUUGAUCAAACUUGAUUUG